UUGGCACAACUUCCCUAGUUUCCCCUCCGCUCCGCUCAGUUUCGCUGCAUGGCCAGAUCAGCAAACCUGGACGCGGAGGAGCUCAAGAUGACACGAGAGCAGUACAUUUUAGCAACACAACAGAACAGCCUCCCCAGGACUGAACAUCCUCAGUUUUACCCAGUGGGGAUAUAUGGGUGGCGAAAGAGGUGCUUAUACUUCUUUGUCCUUCUGCUGUUGGUUACCAUGAUUGUUAACUUAGCAAUGACAAUAUGGAUUUUGAAGGUUAUGAAUUUCACAGUGGAUGGAAUGGGCAAUUUGAGAGUCACUAAAAAAGGAAUACGCCUUGAAGGAAUAUCUGAAUUUCUGCUCCCUCUAUACGUGAAAGAAAUCCAGUCCCGAAAGGACAGCCCCCUGGUGCUGCAGUCUGACAGGAACGUGACAGUGAACGCCAGGAACCAGAUGGGGCAGCUGACUGGCCAGCUGACAGUAGGAGCUGAUGCUGUGGAGGCCCAGUGUAAAAGAUUUGAAGUGAGGGCAAGUGAAGGUGGCAAAGUGUUGUUUUCUGCAGAUGAAGAUGAGAUUGUCAUUGGAGCCGACAGACUGACAGUCACAGGCACGGAAGGGGCAGUGUUUGGCCACUCUGUGGAGACACCCCAUAUCAGAGCAGAACCUUCCCAAGACCUCAAACUUGAAUCUCCUACUAGGUCUUUGGUAAUGGAAGCACCCAGGGGAGUGCAAGUCAAUGCAGCUGCAGGAGACUUGAAGGCUACCUGUAGGAAAGAACUGCACUUGCAGUCCACAGAAGGGGAGAUAUUUUUAGAUGCAGACACGAUCCGCCUGGGGAAUCUGCCAGUGGGUUCCUUUGCCUCCUCCUCCUCACCCAGCUCCUCAGCUUCUCGCCAGACUAUCUAUGAGCUCUGCGCCUGCCCCAAUGGGAAACUCUACCUGUCCCCAGCAGGAGCGGGCUCCACAUGUCAGUCCAGCAGCAACAUCUGCUUGUGGAGCUAGAGUGACUGCGGGUUCUCCUCACACCAGAGUAGCCUUUUGGUACUGCCCCUCUGCUUCACAGCU